UUCCUUCCAACGCCCCCUGCCUCCAUUUCCGUGCGGCCACUGCCGAUUAUUGAUCGCUUCAGAGAUCUCUCCGCUUUUCAUCGGACGCAAACAGCCCGUUUCCCGAGAAAAUGAGAGAAAUCCUGCACAUCCAGGGUGGUCAAUGCGGAAACCAGAUCGGCGCCAAGUUCUGGGAGGUCAUCUGCGACGAGCACGGCAUCGACCACACCGGUCGCUACAAUGAUGCCAGCGGCAACCCCGACCUCCAGCUUGAGCGCAUCAACGUCUACUACAAUGAGGCCAGCGGCGGCCGCUACGUUCCCCGUGCCGUUCUCAUGGACCUCGAGCCCGGUACCAUGGACUCCGUUCGAUCUGGCCCCUUCGGCCAGAUCUUUCGCCCGGACAACUUCGUCUUCGGCCAGUCCGGCGCUGGGAACAAUUGGGCCAAGGGCCACUAUACCGAAGGCGCCGAGCUCAUUGAUUCCGUUCUCGACGUUGUCCGCAAGGAGGCCGAGAACUGCGAUUGCUUGCAAGGAUUUCAAGUUUGUCAUUCAUUGGGUGGAGGCACUGGUUCUGGUAUGGGCACCCUUCUGAUCUCCAAGAUCAGGGAGGAGUAUCCAGAUCGCAUGAUGUUGACAUUUUCAGUCUUUCCCUCUCCUAAAGUAUCUGAUACUGUCGUUGAGCCAUACAAUGCUACACUUUCUGUUCAUCAACUUGUUGAGAACGCUGAUGAAUGUAUGGUUUUGGACAAUGAAGCUCUCUACGACAUCUGUUUCCGAACUCUCAAGCUUGCAACCCCGACUUUUGGUGAUCUCAACCACCUGAUCUCUGCUACCAUGAGUGGUGUUACAUGCUGUCUCCGGUUCCCUGGACAGCUUAACUCAGACCUUCGGAAACUUGCGGUUAACCUUAUUCCAUUCCCUCGGCUCCACUUCUUCAUGGUUGGGUUUGCCCCCUUGACCUCAAGAGGCUCACAGCAGUACCGAGCCCUCACUGUCCCUGAAUUGACUCAGCAGAUGUGGGAUGCCAAGAACAUGAUGUGUGCUGCUGAUCCACGCCAUGGCCGCUACCUAACUGCUUCAGCCAUGUUCCGUGGAAAGAUGAGCACCAAGGAAGUUGACGAGCAAAUUAUAAAUGUGCAGAAUAAGAAUUCUUCCUACUUCGUUGAGUGGAUUCCCAAUAACGUUAAGUCUAGCGUGUGUGACAUCCCACCAAGGGGCCUGAAAAUGGCAUCGACCUUCGUUGGGAAUUCAACAUCAAUUCAAGAGAUGUUCAGGCGAGUAAGCGAGCAAUUUACUGCUAUGUUCAGGCGGAAGGCUUUCUUGCACUGGUACACUGGCGAAGGGAUGGACGAGAUGGAGUUCACAGAGGCGGAGAGCAACAUGAAUGAUCUCGUGGCCGAGUACCAGCAGUACCAGGAUGCAACUGCGGAUGACGAGGAGUACGAGGAGGAAGAAGAAGAAGAGGAAAUUGUUGGUUAAGGUUCACCUUUGUAAUCUGUAAUCUGUCUGGAACACCUGUGUUCUGAGUGAGUAAGUGUUUGCCUGUGAUAUCUGGAGGGGAUUAAUUCGAGAGGUUGGCAUAUAUAGUGGAUUUAUGUGUACGGAUUGUGGAACUUGUAAUGGGAGUUGGGAGGUGGCCCAGGUGGGUUUGUUCCUUCCUGUGCUUUCAUUUGCCCAAUCUAAAUCAUCAUGGAUUUAUGUUUAGGCUUUUGUGCUCACAGGUCGAGGGAAAUUAAACAGUUGCCUAGUACCAACCAUCAGUAACUACCGAAUCCUUGUUUAUUAUUAUUGUUAUUAUUAUUAUUAUUAGUGAUUGAUGUUGGAAACAUAUCGUUAUUACU